AUGAUGAAUCAAGCUCGUUCUAGUUACUCGGCUAAUGUCACAAUCGUCAACUACCAGAACGACGACAUUGAAGGUCCAUGGGAAUUAGGUUGGACAUGGACCGACGACGAAUUGCUAUUGAGCACUGUGGGGGCUAAAGGUACACAACAUGGGAAUAACGUGACCUUUGUGAGCUUACCGAAUGUGAUAAUUCCUUCUUGGUUUAAAGAAGAAGACCUAGCGAAAAGCUCUUCCUCGUUUCAAAUUUCUGUUGGUCGAGUUGGUAUGAUAUAUUAUAUGCGAGGACUUGCUGUGAGUUUGACCACAGAAAGAUCGAAAUACAAAUGUCUUGAUGCGUUUAUGGAAGUAACUAAUACUCCUGGUUAUCUCUAUACGUGGACGACGAACUGCUUCUCUACAACCCCUAAAAAAAGUCGUGGUCCACGAGAAGUUUCAUGA